AGUGCAGUGCCCCGUUUGGACGAGUUGCGUCAGUGCCACCAUCCACAAGGAUCUUCCAAACAGACACUCCAGCCACCAGCCACCAGCCUCAGCUCAGACAUGAUCAAGUACGUGUGGCAUGUGGCAGCCCUCAUGAUUGUCUUUUGCUGGCUGUCAACGGCCCACGGCGCCAGCUACCAGCAUCAGCAUCAGAGUCUGAACAGCCUCGGGGGAGUCGGGCAGAAACCGCAGCCACAGCAGCAGCAGCAGCAGCCAAGUGCCUCCAGCUCGGCCGCAGCUCCGGCUGGCUUCUGGAAGGACAUGUCGCUGGUCUACCGCAUCUAUCAGCAGUGCACGGGCGAGAACAUGUCCGUCUGCCUGAAGGUCAAGCUGCUGACCGGCCUGGAGAAGGCCUUUCGCUCGGCCAAGACUCUCUCGCUCUUCGAGGGCGUGCAGUUCGUCAGCAGCUCUGGCAGCGCGGAGCAGAAGCGAGCCAAGCUGCCGCCCAUCAGCGAGCAGGACAUUGUGGCUGUGUUGCCACGCAGCACGGACGCCAAGGAUCAGGUUCUGAACAGCAUGAUCUUCAAGCGGGUGGGCAACUUCCUACAGGACCACACGCUGCAGAUUAAAUUCCCGGACUUGCGCGACUCGGACGGAGGCACGGCGGAGGGUCGCAAGAAGAAGGAGAAGAAGGGCAACGGCGCCUACAUCAUGAUUCCGCUGCUGCUCGGCGGCACCUUUGUGCCCAUCGCCUAUGGCGCUCUGGCCAUGCUCGCCGGCAAGGCGCUGAUUGUGUCCAAGCUGGCCCUGGUGCUCGCCUCGAUCAUCGGCAUCAAGAAGCUGCUCAGCGGCGGCGGCGGCGCCAAUCAGUCCUCGCAUGAGGUUGUCGUCAGUGGCGGUGGCAGCCACUCGGGCUGGGGUCGGGACUUCGAUAUGGCCUACAGCGGCUGGAAGCCGGCCAAGGAGCAGCAGCAGCAGCAGCAGCAAGCGGGCGGUGCCAAGAGCUUGUAG